AAAAGAAAAUCAUAAUUUUUGGGUUGGAUUGUGUGUCUUUUGGUGGAGGAAUGCUUGUCACCUACUUCUUUUAAAUUCCCAAUCUUUCCCUUUUAUUGUUUUUUUCAUGCCUUUUAGAGAGAAGGUAAAAACUUUGAUCUUCCGUUUUGCUUCAGUUCUCUGAUAAUGGAGAAGCAGAAAUGCAAGCUUUGUGCUCGAACAUUCUCUAAUGGCAGAGCUUUAGGAGGUCACAUGAAAGGUCACUUAGCCACUCAUCCACUGCCUCGAAAAACGGCUCAGCAUCACCAACUCGGUGGCCGUACCGACUCAGCUUUCUCAUCAUCGUCUUCAUCAGGUGAAGAGCAAGAAGAGAAAACCAAAGUGCUCGAAGAUAAAUGUUUUGUUUACGGGUUAAGAGAGAAUCCCAUGAAGAGUUUCAGGUACGCAGAUCCCGAUUUCUCAUUUGCAGUAAUAGCUUCUGGGUCAGUUGUUCUAGACAGAGAAAGUGAGACCGAGUCGAGAAACCCAACUCGGCGACGAUCUAAGAGAUGCCCAAAAGCGUGUACUAAUACAAAAACAACAGAUGGAAUCAAGAAACAAAAGUUGUUGAGGAAACCCACUUUGGUCGAGUCACCGACUGAACCAGAACCGGUGAGUUCAGUUUCCGAUACUUCACCUGAAGAACAUAUUGCUGUGUGUCUUAUGAUGCUGUCAAGAGAUGUUUGGAAAAGCAAAAAUGUGGAACAAAACUCAGAAGGGAACAACAAGGUUCGUGAGUCUAGCAAGAAAAAGAUUCAUGGGAAGCAUCGAUGUGAGCUAUGUAAGAAAACAUUUCGAUCUUUUUACACAUUGGAUGAACAUAAAAGGGUUUGCUCUGAAACUAAAAAAACAAGCAAAGUCGCAACCACUGCUGCUGGUAAUAACAGCAAGAUAUUUGAGUGUCCAUUGUGUUACAGAGUGUUCGGUUCGGGACAAGCACUCGGUGGUCACAAGAGAUCCCAUUUGCUUGCUGCUACUCCAAAUUCAGGCAAAUUUGACAACAAUUUGAUAGAUCUAAACUUGCCAGCUCCAUUGGAAGAUGAUGAUUUUAGUGUGGUUUCAGAUGCUUAAACUGAAUGAUGGGGCUAUUCACGUGGAUCUGAUGCUCUAUUUUCAAUGUUUUUAUGCAUUGUUUUUUUUUUUAAUUUUCUUUUACUGUAGUUUCUUAAUAUUUCUUCAUUCAUAGAUGAAUCAUGAAUGUUUGGUAUUCUUUCAAUUCUUCAUUGUUUCUGACCCACACUCCGUUUCUUGAAUUAUCCGCAAUCCAAACACUUACACAGUUGCUGGAAAAUAUUACAAGCUUAAUAUGGAGUUUUUGUCAUGGUAUUAGCAGCCAUUGUUAUGGAAUCAGAUAGCAACGACUGUGAACCAGGUUUCACUUCCAAUGUACUUCAUGUCAGAAAGGGGGGAAAAGAAAAAGCAGUAAAGCAUUCAUUUUGUGGGAUUUGGUUGGGUUAGCCAGUGGACCAAACACACAGGUGACAGGCCUCUGCAAGUACCCAAGGUGUUCAUUUCUGCUAACAUGUCCUGUUUCUUAUCAUCCACAUUUUUCAUGUAAAACUAUUUAUUGGUUUUGUUUUCUGUUCCAUUUUGAAGAAGGAUAUUAUAUGAUAGGAGCAUUAACUACAA